CUUAUGAAAACCCCAACCCGGCCCUCAGUUCCUGUGCGCCCAACUCCCUCUUCGCAAUAUCUGUCAUCUUCUCCCCAACGUACUCCUUCGUCGCGUUUAUUAUCUAGUCCUUUAGAUUGCGGUCCCAUUUUUGCUGCGCCUACUGCAGAAUCUGCCUGUGAACCACGCGACGAUGAUGGCUUAGGACCUAAUGGAUGCCUUCAGGUAUCUCUUAUGGAUCCCUUACUCUGCAACUCGUAUCGGAUGAUCAAAAAUUUGCGUUCUGUUGUGCUGUAUCCUGUGGGCAAUGAUUCUGCACCUUCUGAAGAUUGCGACUGGGAAUCUUUCAGUGCUGUCUUCAAACGAUUGCCAGGCCACCAGCAAAGGUCUCUUAUGAAUUCAGUUCUCUUCGAAAGUCGAGGUGGCUGGUUCAACCCGGCCCGGGCCGACCCUUCUCUGCUGAAGCUGAAUUCAAAGAAUCUCCCUGCCACGAUCUCGCCUAUUUUGAAACCCCAAUUUCCUGCUCUUUGUCUCACCACGGGUAUUGUUCAAAAAUGUUCCAUCAUUCAGCCAUCCAUUCUCCAUUUGGGUAACGGUCAAACUCGGACUGUCCGCGAGGUUCUUGUCAAAGGUUUUGCCCAAGAGUCGCAGCGCGCUUUUGCUUUUUUUGGAAAAAUCUUCGGGUUUGACUCUGUGUCUGUCGCUGCCUCGGCUGGUGUUGUCAGCUACUCGUCGAUGCAGUUAUUUCAAAAUCAGAAGAAAGACAACCCCAAUGACUUCUCUCCUACAAAGCUUGCUCGUUCCUAUUGCCCUGAACGAUAUGCCGAAAGUGAUCCUAGAUUGAAGCUCUAUGGUCAUUUUCGUCUUCCGGUGCCAUUCCCUAGUCAAAUUCUUAUAUUCGAUGGCAGGCGCGCAGCGACUGACUUAGCUUUCGAAUGUGAAGCGAACCAGCUGCAUGAAAUUGCCAUCAAUAGCUAUCCCCUUUAUCAAAAUGGUGAUGUCGAUCUUCCUGACGGUGCCAUUGUCACCGUUGGUUAUACUGCUCAUACCUACGCAACAAAAUCUCAUUAUCGUGACGUGCCUGUCGGCCUAUCUCUCGAUCUUGCCUUCAUAGUUCUUCUGGCAUUACCAUCUGAUCUCCGCGAUCCUAUUCCUCAGCCAGCAAUGUCUUCGUAUUCCAAUACGACACCACAUAUUCGCUAUCAAACACCGUCCAACUCCUUCACCCCUGUGAACACCUUGUCC